AUGAACCAGCUGCAGGAUCUGGGGGCAGAUGCUUUGUGCAAUAUGGUGGUCUUCGCGACGGGAGCGGAGAUCGUGGCACUUCUCCAAACGGCGAGGUGCAUUCGGGCAACCCUGGUGGGACCUUUGGCGCGGAAGCACUUCCAAGCCAUGAGCGUUGCGCGGUGGGGGGAGGGCUGCCGCUGCCAGUACGCCGUCGCCGCUGCCGGGACGAAACUCCCCCGCGCCGCCGCAGACGGGUCCGACUUCGACCACCACCACGGCGGUACCGGUGCUGGCGCCCGCAACAGCUACGCCGCCGAUAACGGGGACGGUGAUGAUGUUAGGAGCGGCGACAAGCCUCACACCACAGGCAACAACAACAACCACUCCCCGGACGAAGAAGAAGGAAGAAGCGAUAGUGGCGGUGGUGGCGGCGCUGAUUGGCUAGCGUUCUACUUGAGGCGCGUGGGCCACCGCGCAGCUCGGCCUUCUCCGCUCAAUCUCCUCCAGGAGCAUUACGCGAAGGACGCAUACCACCUCUUGUCAUGCUGCAUCCUUUGCUCCCGCACCAGCGGGGGGGACACCGUGAAAGACGCGGUUAAAGCAUUUUUCGAGGCUUGUCCCACCCCCACCAGCGUUCUGGCCGCGGACCUGGGGGAUCUCCGCAAGACGCUGCUGCCGCUCGGGCUCAACAGGGAGUUGAUAAUAAAGCGCUUCGCCGAAGGCUUUCUCGCGUCGGCCUGGCACGACCCUUCCGAGCUCCACGGGUGCGGCCGCUUCGCCUCCGACUCUUGGCAGAUUUUCUGUCUCGGUAACCACCGACCGGGGAACCAGAGCGCCGCCGGUCGUCGGACGAAGGAGGCGUUACUACCGGCGGCGACGCCCUCGGCGCCGGCGAACCCGCCGCCACAACAACGGCCUCGAGCACCAACAACAAGAGACGCCGGAGGACAGUGCUAG